ACGGGGUACGAAGCGCGUUACACGGUCGCGCGUCCCGACUCGCCUAGUGUGUUUUUGACGUCGGUAUAUGCAGUCGUGAGCCUCGGAGCGGACUAAGAUACUUUUAUUUAUAGUUUUUAAUCGAAUAAAGUCGUGUGACGUUCGUGAACACCUGUGUCAAACCGGGAUUUUAUAAAUAUGAGUAUUGCUGACCUGAUCCAAGCUGCUGAAUACAUCGAAAGGCGAGACAGAGUUUUUUUCGUUGCAGAAUCGGAGCACGGAUACGCGUCGAGUUUGCCGGCGUACGAGGAGUCCCGGGCUGGUGGAAGGCGGCCGAAGACGAAGAAAUCGCAGGGCAGCAGGACCACUCAUAACGAGUUGGAAAAGAACAGAAGAGCGCACCUCAGAAGUUGUCUGGAGAAGCUAAAGGACAUGGUUCCCCUCGGCCCCGAAGCGUCACGACACACCACAUUAGGAUUAUUAACAAAAGCCAAAAGGUUUAUAAAGAGCCUGGAGGAACGGGAAAAGAGGCAUUCGAGUCACAAAGAGCAGCUAGCGCGGGAACAGCGGUACCUCCGGCGGCGGCUGGCGCAGCUGAGGGCGAGUCGAGACACGCGGUCCCUCUCCGAGAGUUCCAUGCCUCACGCGCACGCGACGAGGGCGGACUCCCUCUCCUCUCUAGAAUCCUCCUCCGGCGUGUCCACGGCCGAGCGGUCGCCCUCAUCCGUGUCUGAGAGCGAUGAAGUGGAUGUGAUUGGCUACACGUCGAACCAAAGCGACAGUGAGUCGCUAGUGUCGGGGCACAGCGGCGACAGCGGGGUCGGCGUCGCACGCGGCCGGUCGCGGUACUGUAGCAAGCCUGCGCGCGCGCGGUAUACUAGGGUCUAGGUGGAAGGAGCGCGGCGCGCGACCAUCUUCGUAUAAAACAAAACAAUCGUAGGACAUUAUGUUGGUACAUGUACCGAGGCGCAUGUUGUUGGCGAGUGACUCGCCCUGCGCCCGCGCCGCUCACAGUGACACUUACACACACACACACACACAUACACACACUCCGCGACCAUUACCGAGUACAAAAUUGCCAAAAAAGCAUUGUAAAAAAUCAACGUUAUUUUUCUCUUCUCUUUCAAAUUACAAAAUACAAUUGGCAUCGGGCUAAAAGAACUCUGACCACUAUACCUGCGCAAUGGACGAUUAAUUAACACAAUCAUUCAUACUAGUAUGUGAGUUGAAGUUAGAAUCACGGACAACGAAAUAGAUCGUUUUCUUUGGGUGGUAGGUAUGAACUACGAAAUAACUGCAGGUCGGUCCAGAAAAUUUGUAUCAACCAUUAUUACACGACGCAACUGUUGUGAUUGGCUGAAUUUAUAGUAUUCUUGUUGCAAUAAGGCAUUGUGGCCAAUAGUGAGCGAGCGUCAACCAAUCAGCGGUGAUUGCGAUCGUCACACUGUUGCUGUCAUUUUAAAAUAAUCGAGCCACCCAAUCCCCAUAUCGUUGCACUAUUUCUCCGUCAACCUUUCGCUUGUCGCACUGUAGGAACGUACAGUAUUUAUUCAUGCGCAGACGCAUCCCCAACUGACGUCCAGAGUUCUUUUUACCUAAAGCCAAUUGUGUAUUUAGAUUCUUUUGGUGUUAAAAGUUGAAACUUAUUAAUUAAUUUUUUAAGUGUUUUAAAAAGUAAACGCAAAUCUCCAAAAUUCACGCCAUCAUCACAAAGGGGCUAUAAAAAUUGUUUAAAAAAAUAGUUUUCAUACAAAAAUUGAUUUUUGCCCCGAAUAAUUUGAAAAAAAAUUAUCACAUUUUUUAUUCCAUAAAUAUACAUAUUUAUUACUUACUUACAGUAUGUUUAAAGUUCGAAGAUUAUUAUUAUGUUUAAAAUUUAAAUUCCUUAUUAGGUACUUAUUGUUACUGAUUUCACAAAAAAAUGAUAAUAAUAAUUAUUGUCGCUCCAAUGCGAAUGUUGUAUAGAUAUCAAUUUUAUAUUUUGUAUAUAAUUUUUUCUUGUAUAAUUUAAUCAAAUAGUUUUAGAUCUGUGCGUGUUGGGCGGUAUAUCUGACCGCUAUUAAAUUGUUACUUUAACGAUUUUUGACUGGGUUAUUUUAAUCAUGGCAACCCAUCAAAAUAAAUAAGUUAAUAACAUCUAAAAUUAACAAAAAAAAAAUACUAAAAUGUGCGGCUAUGAGAAUUUUUAUGUAACAAAUCGCAUAGAUCGCUUAUUAUUUUAUUUUCUAUAAACCUUAUUUCAUAUUAUUGUGUUUCUUUAAAAGAUUUCGUAAACGCCAUUCUAGACUACAAUCUCAAAAGAGCCUAGCCCCAGAGCCAGUAAAAUAAAGAAAAGAAUAACAUUUUUGAAGAUGGCGUAAGCGAUUUCCAAAGAGUAAGGAACAUGCAGAUGAUACACACGGAACUUUGCGCGAAGUUUUAGAAAAUGGGAAUUAAUGAGACAGAAAGUUCAUAUUGGCGGAUACAAUUACGCGGGGAAGUUCAACGUGUGUACAUCUGUAAUACUCGUAUGUCCAACAUUGCUAACUAACACCGUAUUGUUAAGUAUUAAUAUUCAAUGUUUUAUGAUCUCACUUCAUUUGUCACAGGCCACUGCGAGUAGUCAAGUCAUAUUUUAAUUUUUCUAAUUACCUAACUACCUACCGUGCUUUUGUACAAUAAGCUUUAAUCUUUGAACCAAGGCCAGUUCAGAAUCUAACUUAAUUUGUUGAUUAAAAAGUAAACAUCUCAAAUGGCAUUAACAAAGGUUUUAAGAAAGCUAUAAUUUUAUUUAAAGACUUAAGUCUUAGUUUGCUUGGGUACGUACCAAUUUUAUAUGACAGAAAUUCAGAUCGAAAUUCACUCAAAAUGAACAUUUUAAAAGUUUCCUACCAUUUUGAAGAUUAAAUUUCAUAUCAGACACAAUUACUCGCAUGGUUUCUUAUUUAUGUAGACGUUCACAUACCAAAAAUAAUAUUAUAUGGAAUGGAAAGCUGGACAAUACACUAUGUUGAUAAAAAACAAAUGCUAGGAUACAGUAUGUGUCACCAAAGUUGAAAACGCAAAAUGCUGUAUGCUAGAAGUGAUGCCUCUUGUACGCCACACGUCGUCGGUGUCUCGCUUUACAUCUAGCCUCCAUUGCGCUGGCUACCGCAUUUAAAAUGAUGCAUUAAUUAAUUAUUUUUGGCUGACUUAAAAGGUAAAAAACGUCGAUAAACUCUCUUUCUAUUGCGUAAUUCUUAUCUCUUAGCCUCUCUCGUAAGAAAUAGAGUUAGAGAGCCGCCUGCCGUAGGUAUAAUUCUCGGGUGAGUCCGGCCUGAAAGGAAAAUAAAUAUAGUAACAACUGCUCACGACUGCGAAAUUCCAACUUUGGUGACGAUACCUGUAACGUCUAGAGAAGAUUACACAAUAUAUUUUUGUUAUGACUAUUGUAUCUUAUAAUAAUAAAUUGUUAAUUCAUUUUAUGAUGCGUGACUGGUUUCAUUGUAUAUUGUUUGAAAAAUAUUACUCAAAACGUAUUUUUUUAAUGGCCCUAUGCUCGA